AUGACAUGUUCACAAUUACUGAAAGCACUUAUGAAACACAGGAACAACUCCAUGCUAUCAUCGAAAAUGAGAAAUACAAUCCUCAACUUUUCGAUCUUGCUCAAAGGUCUUGUCUUUCGAUGUCAUAUUAUUUACUACGAACAAAUAUCUUCAAACCACAUCCUUUCGGACAAAGAUACACUUAUUUUCAAUUUUCAUCAUGCUUUCUUUGAUUAUCCAUCAAUGGAUAUAUUUCUUCACGAUCUUGAUCAAGCUUACAAAACAGGUCAACUCACAACUGAUAAUACUACUACUCUGCGUUAUAUCGAUUAUGCUGUUAUCGAACAACAAAUGUCGAUGACUGGUGCAAGUAUAUUUUGGCUUGAUACACUUUAUGAUUGUAAACUCGAUCAACCUUUAUCAUUGCCAUAUGAUCGAUAUCGUCUUAUGAAUGAAUAUCGAACUAAUCGAGCAACAUCGAUCUCGUUUGAUUUUGGUCAAGAUCUUUCACAUCAGUUUCUUCUCCAUGCAUUAUCAAACAACAUCAAACCUGAACAUCUGGCACUUGCUACUUAUUUUAUCUUCUUAUUUAAGUUAACAAAUGGUGAAAAAGACUUAUGCAUUUCAAUGAAUAUCGACAAUCGUUAUAGAGAUGAAUUAAAAUCUAUUAUUGGACUGUUUAACAAUGCUAUUCCAUUACGAUGUCAAUUAGAUCCUCACUGGUCUUUUCAUCGUCUGCUCGAUUAUGUUCGAGAGAUAACAAGCAAUAGUAUGAAAUAUUCAUAUUUUCCACUACAGCAUAUUCUCAAUCAGCAUCCAAGUGUUUCACAACCUGCAUUUCUUGAUAUAUCAUUUCAAUUUCUAUCAUUUGUCACAAGAGCUGACAGCAAACUAAUAAUGAUUGGAGAUAGUCGACUUUCUUUCAUACCUUCCACAAUGAAUAUUAAUGAUAAUGUGACUACAGAUAAGUAUGAUUUCUCACUUCUAAUCCAACAUGAUCUCAAUAUCAAUCAACUCUCAUGCACAAUCAAUGCAUCACUUGAUUUAUUCAAUGUAGAAACAAUUGCUAAGAUAUCUCAACGUUUUCAUUCAAUCUUGAAACAAUUAUUUACAUCUGUUGAUGAUCAAACGAACAAACCAAUCUAUGAACUGUCAUUAACAUUAUCAAAUGAACAAUAUCUAAUGCAAUCAUUGAACAACACACAAGUAUCAUUUGCAUCUCCUCUCACUUGUAUUCAUCAUGAAUUUGUAUAUCAAGUAAUAAAGAAUCCACAGAAACUAGUUGUUGAAUUAGAUGAACAAUCAUUAACAUAUUGUGAACUUCUAUAUUAUGUUCAAGUCUUAUCGUUAACUCUUCUUAAUGAAUAUCGUAUCACGCGAGGGGAAAUCAUUUGUCAAUGUGUCGAGCGAAGUCUUUCGAUGGUCAUUGGUAUAUUGUCAAUAGCUUUGGUUGGCGGUGCUUAUUGUCCACUUUCAUCAAGGGAUCCUCCACAACGUCUGCAGGUUCUUGUCAAUCAGGCUCAUAGUCGGUUAGUCAUGGUUCAUUCAACUACAGCAGCCGUUUUCAGCUCCGGCAUUCUGAGUUUUAAUAUUGACUCCGUUAUUCACCUUGAAGAUAGUUCUUAUGAAAUUAAUUUAAACAAACUUUCAGAUGUUCUUGUAACACCAGAAAAUGUUGUCUUUGUAAUUUUCACAAGUGGUUCAACUGGCAUUCCAAAAGCCGUUCAGUUACGCCAUCGAAACUUCACUGAGUUUAUGCACUCCUUUGUGUAUACCGGUACAGUAACAAAGUUUGAUACAAUAAUACAGAUGGCUCGUUGUUCUUUUGACAAUCAUCUGCUAAGCUUAGUUGGUACAUUGGCUAUCGGAGCCACAUUGGUGAUGCUUCGACCAGAAGGCAAUAUGGAUCUAGAAUACCUUGUUAGUGUACUCGAUCAAAAGCAGAUCACAGUCAUGCAUGCAGUUCCGUCGCUUCUGACUAGUUUAUUUAACUUUCUCACUACAAAUAAGCGUCCAGCAGCAGUAAAAUGGUUACGAUCUCUAUGCAGUGGAGGAGAAGCUGUGAAUAUUAAACAAAUUAGGCUAUUUCAAAAGUCAGUUGAAAAGCGAUGUCGAAUUCAAAACCAUUAUGGUCCAGCUGAAAUCACUAUCAAUUGUGCUUGUUAUGUAAUUGGUUUGACCAAAGAUCAAACAAGCAUUCCUGUUGGUCUCCUUCUACCCAACUAUCAAUGUUACAUUUUGGACGAGUUUUCACAGUUUGUUUGCAUUGGUCACGAAGGGGAACUGUCUGUGAGUGGUGUAGGUAUCUUUGCUGGAUAUUUUUGCCGUGAUGACUUGACAGCAAAAGCAAUAACCAACAUCAAUGGGGAGAUGUGGUAUAAAACCGGUGAUCUGGUUAGAAUGGAUAGCAAUGGUCUUCUUCAUUAUCAAGGAAGAAAAGAUUAUCAGAUCAAAUUACAUGGACAACGAAUUGAACUUGGUGAAAUCGAAAGAUGUUUGCUUAACAUUACUUCUAUCUCUGCGUGUGUUGUCAUGAAAUGGAAUGAUGAUUAUUUAGUUGCAUAUGUUCAAUCUUCUCAUAUCAAUGAAGAACAACUACGUGAACAUUCUCAAUCUCAUCUUCCACCACAUAUGAUUCCAUCUUCCUUUAUUAUUCUGGAUAAACUAUCUUUGAAUGCAAACGGAAAAAUAGAUCGAAAACUUCUUCCAUCACCUAACUUUUCAUCAAUGCAUCUCACUAUUCAUCAUGAGCUACUAUUACCAACGAAUGACAAUGAAAUCAUCAUUCAUCAUAUUUGGUGCGAUUUAUUAAAACAAAAACAAAUCUCGACUAACACGAAUAUCUUCAGUAUCGGUGGUCAUUCACUUGUCAUUAUGCAACUCUUUCAUCAAUAUAAAACACAAUUUCAUCUAGAAAUGAAUUCUCUUUCUAUUACUGAUCUAUUUCAACAUCCAACAAUCAUCGAUCAUGCUCAACUUAUUCAGCAAAUCAAAAGUAUCAAACAGGAUAAUCAUGAUUAUCAGUGGCUUCCGCUACAUAUCGCCCAAGCUCUAGCAUCUUAUGCUCAAGAAAGAAUCUAUUUAGAUGAACAAAUUCGAUUUUCGUCAACAGAUAACAAUGCUAACAUGUAUGUUAUUCCAUUACUUUAUCGAAUUUCAUCUAUGAAUGAUCAUAUAUCUAUUUCACGAUUACAACAUGCAUUUCAAUCUAUCAUUACAAAACAUCAAAUUCUUCGAACAGUACUCUCUCUUGAUGCAAAUGGUAUUAUUAUUCAACAUUGUUUACAUACAGAUGCUAUUAUGAAUGAUAAGAACUUCUCUAGAUUUUCGAUAAUUAAUCUUCCUGAUCAAGAACAUAAACAGAAUGAAAUUGUGAAGAAGAUUCUAAAUCAAUCAGAUUUAUUUGAUUUAUCAAUAGGACAUGUUGUUAAUUGUCAUGUUCUUCGUCGUGAACAAUCAAACGAUUUAUUCACUCAGAAUAAUGAUGAUCUAUUGACUAAAGAUGAUCUAAUAUUAUUUACUAUUCAUCAUGCAAUGUUUGAUGGAGCAUCGACAUCAAUCUUGCUUCGUGAUCUUUCUCUUGCUUAUCAAUCUGAUGACUUGUUUUCUAUAGAUGACAAUUCAUUUCAAUAUAUUGACUAUUCUAUUUAUGAACACAUAAUGGAUAUGACAUUAUCUCAAGAGUUUUGGCAAUUAGAACUCAAAGGAUAUAAUCUUGUACGCCAGUUAUCACUACCUGUUGAUCGACUACGUUCAUCAGCUGAUCAACAACGAUCAGGUUUAGCCUCUUCAGCUCAAAUCACUUUUGAUGAUGAAAUAUGUGCAUCAUUUCUAAACUAUGCAUCAUCACAUCAUCUCACACUUUUUCAACUUGGAUUAGCCAUAUUUUAUGUUUUCAUAUUCAAACUAACUCAUGGUGAAACUGACUUAUGUAUUUCUUCGAUUAAUGCUAAUCGAUAUCGAAGUGAAUUAGUGAAUAUGAUAGGAAUGUUUGUAUCAACAUUACCAUAUCGUGUUGAACUUGAUCCUCAGUGGUCAUUUGAUGAGGUAGUUAAAUAUGUCCAAGAAAAAUGUUUAUCAAUUCUUGAACAUUCUCAUUAUCCACUUCAAUAUAUUCUUAGUGAUUUGCAUCUCACUCAAUCAAAUGUAUCAUUUCUUGAAACAAUGUUCGAUUUUAUUACUUUAUCAGAAGAUGUUAGUGAAUUAUAUUUGAAUGGUGUCAACUUACAAGAAGUGUCGUUAAAUGAAUCAUAUGAAAUGGCUAAAUUUGACUUCUCAUUAAACUUUAUAUAUAAUUCAUCAUCAGAUGAUAAUCAGUUGUCUUGUUGUUUUGUUUGUUCAAAGGAUUUAUUUGAUCAAAGAACGAUUUUCACCUUAACUCAAAGAUUUCAAUAUGUUUGUGAACAAGUGUUUCCAUCAACGUCGAUGGAAAAACUCUUCGAUACAUGUUGGACAACUAUAUCACGACUUGACCUUAUAUUAUCGAAUGAACUGGAAGAGAUGCAAGAUGUUGCGUUCUGCCGACAAUCAAGUAUUAAAAACCGGGCACCAGCAUCAUUUGCACAAGUUCAUCUACUACUUGGUGAACAAACUUAUUUCGAUACUAAUACACCACAUAUGGUUAAUUACAACAUGCCUUUUGUUUACUGUCUUCAUGCCGAACAUACAUUAUCGGUAAAGAAACUUUGGCACGCUCUUCAACUAGUCGUGACAAAACAUCAAUCACUUCAUACAUCAUUUAUCUUUGAUAUCGAAAAGAAUCUAUUGAUGCAACAAGUUAUUAGUUUGAACGAUAAUAACAAUAAACAAUUUAUCUUUAUCGAAAGUAUUUAUGAAUCAGAAGAACAACUCAAUAACAUCGUGAAAAAUGAGAAAUGUAACCCUCAACUUUUCGAUCUUGCUCAAGGUCUUGUCUUUCGAUGUCAUCUUGUUUAUUACAAACAAACCUCUUCAAACAACAUCCUUUCCGAUAAAGAUAUGAUUAUCUUCAAUUUUCAUCAUGCUAUAUUUGACUUUCCAUCAAUGAAAGUGUUUCUUCAUGAUCUGAAUCAUGCAUAUACAACAGGUCAAGGGGGAAAAAGCGGAUCCUGGAUCCCCGGAUCCUCUGAAUUUUUUGGAUCCCAAUGGAUCCUAAGAGAUUCUGAUGGAUCCUGUGGAUCCUGUGGAUCCUAG